AUGGCCAGCGACACUACGACCGCAUCUGCUCCCUCGAUAACUUCUUCUCCUCCUCCUCCUUCCUCCUCCUCGGGAUCGUCUCCAAUGGAGUACCCCUUCGCGACCUCCCCAGACAUCCUCCGCACGCAUCAGAAAGACGCAUACAUCACCGGCACCAUCUCAACACAGGCAUCGACCAUUCUCCGGGCCUUGUUGGGUGCUCGAUUCGCCCAUAAAUACUCAGACGCCACGAACCAUGUAUCCGAGCUCCUUUACCUCUGCAUCACCACGCUCCUGGGCAACCGAACACUGGGCGAAGAAUACUGCGACGUGAUCCAGAUCGAGGACGACACAUCACGACUCGCAGGCCUGGGAAGGAGAGUCGGCUACAUUGCAAGCGUGGUCUUCGCGCCCUGGAUUCUCGGGAAGUCCCUACCGGCACUAAGGAGAAGACUGCGCUCCAAACUCGAGUGGAAUAUCGAACACGCAAAGCAGAGACGGAAACGGCCGACUCGGGCGCUCAAAGCGCAGGAAUACAUCCUCAAACACCUCGACACAUUGACAUCCCUGCAACCCGUUUAUGCGCUAAGUCUAGCGACAUUCUACUUCACAGGCGCGUACUACCACAUCUCCAAACGCCUGUUCGGCCUCCGUUACGUGUUCACCAAGCAGAUCAAACCGGACGAACAACGCGUGGGAUACGAGGUCCUGGGCGUGUUGCUUGUAUUACAGAUGGCGGCUCAAUCCGCGCUGCAUGUCCGGGAGACAUACCUCGAAACAACAGCGUCCACGACAAGCGGGGGAGAGACGAAGGAGGAAGCCUCCAGCUCCGCGAUGGUAGGUCCGGGCAUUGAGAUGCAGCUGGCCGGACCGCUCGAGACAGGCGCCACCCCUAACCAACUGCUCUCCUCGGUUCCCGUACCGCAUUUUCUCCCACCCGGCCUCAGCGCCAAUACAUCCACACCCGUCCUCGAUUCGCCGCGGUAUCACCUCGACGACGACGAAACCAUCGCGUGGAUCCCCGCCGGUCAGCAGCGCAAAUGCACGCUCUGCCUGGAACCUUUCCGCGAUCCGAGUGUGACGACGUGUGGACAUGUCUUUUGCUGGACGUGCGUGCAGGAUUGGGUCAAGGAGAAGGCCGAGUGCCCGUUGUGCAGGCAGAGUGUGUUGAGCCAGAAGGUCCUGCCGUUGAGAGGGUAG